AUGCAGAAGAUCUCGUAUAUGCUUAUAUAUUACCAACAUAAAUGCUCUGUAAACAAUGCAACAUUAAAUAGAUUCUUCUCAUUACAUUUCGUUUUACCUUUCGUAUUAGCUGCUUUAGCACUAAUGCACUUAAUCGUUUUACACGAUACAGCUGGAUCAGGAAAUCCUUUAGGUGUAUCUGGAAACUACGAUAGAAUGCCUUUUGCUCCAUAUUUAAUAUUUAAAGAUCUUAUUACAAUCUUUGCAUUUAUAUUUGUAUUAUCUUUAUUUGUGUUCUUUAUGCCUAAUGUAUUAGGAGAUAGUGAAAACUAUGUUGUGGCAAAUCCUAUGCAAACUCCUGCAGCUAUCGUUCCAGAAUGA